CUGCGGUUUUUUUAAGCCCUUGUUGUAUAUCUUCCUCAAGAAGUCCCUAAGAACGUAUAUAUUCUGCUUGGAAAGCUCGUAUCACUUACAUUCCCCCUGGACGUACGACGGAACAACAAGUAUACCGUCAGUAAAUAUGGUGUGCUAAAAAAACGCGAUCAUUUGUCACGUCGAGCUGUCAAGAGACUUUUGAAAACUUUACACUUUAAAGUGACUGUGAAUGUGAUUUGCAUGUUCUUGUAAAGGUACUUCAACACGUCCUCGUAUAAUUUUUUGGUCGUGAGUUCAAGCUGAAGGAUCGCACAGAUCUUGGUGACACCGAUUCUAUAACUUUUUUGAGACGUUAAACCCAGGUAUGUGAUCUCAGUUUACAACGUGUAAAAUUGUGUCUUUUCUCUCGUUCUCGGCCUAACAGUCAAAUAUCAUCAAUUUUUAAAUGCACGCUGCUGCUGCCGAGAAACACACAUUCCUUUGAUAUUGAAGCUGUGUAGAGUUGUGCAUAUAACAGGGUUAAUUCUUCACUUCAUCUCAUUCUCUUCAGAUCCUCUCGCUGUAAAGAAAUCAUGUCUUACUCCAACGCGUGGCGUCUUCUCGCUGCGAUCGUUUUCAUUUUGUCAAAAUUAUCACUGCCCCUGGCAAAUCGACACAAGGUCAGUAGCAAUGUGGAUUCAACAGAUAACUCUGCCCCAUCCAGAAGCGCAGGGUCUGUGAAGGCUUCCUUCUGCAAAAACCGUGUACGACCGAUACUGCCUCCCAGUCCGCGACUACCCAUCUCGCUGUGGUCUAUGCGCGCCCAAAUGUAUCUGCAGAUUCUUCCUGAUGGCAAGAUCAAUGGAACUUUACAGUUUAAUAAAUACGGUAAGAGCUCUUCCUUUCCGAUGUAAUCUACACUUUCCUCAAGUAAUAUGUGAUGCUUUGCACAUUGAUUUUUCUUCGGUCCAUCAACUUUUUGAUUCAAGUGAAUAAUUACUGACUUUGAAGCGCAAAACAGAAUUCAAGAACGCAAGUGUUUUAAAAAAAUUUUUUUUUUCGUGAAACGAAACGCAUGGUUUUUUGUGCUUAAGUUUCUGUACGUGGAUUUUGUUAAUCUCAUAAGCACGGUUAUUAGGAAAUACUUUGUGUUUCUGUUUAUUUUUCCUUUCUUUUUUGCAUGCUUCAGUAUGCUUUUAUCGUGUUUAUAUGUUUAUCGUUGAGCAACACUAAACGGCAUCAAGUUAGAAAUGAAAGCAAACCCAGCAUUGAAGUUCAUACGCAAGAAUCUCAGCGGGUCUCCCAGCGGGACUCCCAGCGGGUUGUCUCUUCCCACUCAGCAAGAAAUUGUCAAAUGGAAACAAGAGCUCCCUUACGAAGCUAAUUUACGCGUGUUGUUCUUUUUUCACGCGGAGGACCUGGUUUGUUUUCCGUCCCGAGAACCAAAGGUGAUGAAUAGAAUAUACCAUUACAGCUUUCACUGUAUCGAAAAAAACAGUUGAAAAGUCAGUCCACGUCUUUAAUAGAUCAUCAACAAGCUUUAAGCUGUGAAAACAAACAGAUAUUUGUCAGCUUUCCGCAUCAUCUGCAAUGUUCCGUAAGUCUCGGUUUCUUUGUUGUUGAGUUUUGUCAAUGUUGGUUACAAGCAAACAAUUCCGUCAGCUAAUGACGCAUAUUGCACCAAGGAGGAAUUUACGUCUUAGAGCUCACUUCCGUCAAGAAAUGAGAUUUAACAAAGUAUUUACUCAGCUUUACAUUUUAUCCUUUUAACUUAAAGACAACUAUUAGAUUACAAUACCAAUUGCUAUCUGGGGAGGCACGCAUUGAAAGUAGUUUUCCCACAAAGGUCAGUUAAAAGUCAAUUGUUUUUCCUGUUGAGAACCCUAUGUUAGACUGUGAAUACGAAUCUUAUCACAUGUAGAUUCUACUUUGUUUAGUUUUAAAGUAGCGCUAUCUUUGUUACCCGGGAGGUACCACUGAAAUGUCGGUCCUUAAACCGCAACUUUUAAAGAAUGAUCCGAAAGAACAACCGCUAGGGUAAAUAUUAAAAUUGGAUUAAAGCGAUUCUGAGCCCAAUAUUCAAGUAUCACUUCCAAGGAUAUCAAUUAAAAAUAGUAUUUUGAGACGCUGUUUUCUUACUUCAAACAAAUCUACCAGUUUGCAUUUUCUCCUUAACGAGAUACAAAAUAGGACAGCCAAAAAUGACGGGAGAGAUCAAAGGUCCUGUUUACAACAACACGCUUGUAGUAAUAGAAAAGUAUUCGAGGCUAUAAAAUAUCGAUUGGCACGUGCUUACGUGAUUUCCUAAUUGGAUUUGGGUAUUUCGUAUUGCCACAAUAUUGAGAAACACUUACCCUCAUGCAUGUAGGCUUAUCCGUAAUACCUUUUAGCCUUAACACCAGGUCUGUCCAAGAUAACUGAUUACAAAAAAAGACUUAAGCGAUCGCUUACUUGUAGAUGAUGAAUUGUCAAGUUUUUAACCACAGUCAGGGAAUGUUAAAACUGUUUUCCCCAAAUAAAAAGUUCGUCUCGGUUCACUGAAUUGCUUCUUGGUAAUUUAGACUUGGUCAGAUUUUAAUCAGAAAACAAUGAACUGUCGACCACAGUCGUAUGUAACUUGCCUCAGUUCGAUUCAUGCAUAAAACGAUACAGAAAAACUCGUCGCAAAGCAUGUGCACGACAUGAGACUUCAAAUUUACUAUACACUAUUUUCGUUUCUUAUUCAUUUGGAAUUGAAAAGAUAAAUACGUUCAUACACUUCUGUAUAUUAUUCCUUAAUUUAGACCAAUAAGGUCAAGUCUUUUCCCGCUUUCAGACCAAAACGGUGUAAAACCCAUCCCCUUCAAGGCGGCCCGUACCUUUAAAACAAAUAUGAGGGAGUAACCCCCGGGAUCCUUCCUGUUACAUGCGUCAACUCAUAAAAUGUCGUGACCUGAAUAUCCUGAAUGUUAAUCAGUACUUCAAAAUGAGGGUUUUAUCUAAACGCAGAUAAGGAAAUGGUGAAGAUAACUCGAGGAUGGUUUUAUGUCUAAGUUAAUAUCCGUCACUCAGAUUGGAUCUUAUUGCAAGUUCAAGUUUGAGUACCUACUCACGAGGUACAUGCGUGGAAAAAUGUAACUCUCCAAGAUCCGCGACUAAUCAAAUGAUACGUCUGUUUUGGAAUGAAAGGUCGAUGCAAGGGAUUACAAUGUACUACCGAUGGCUUCAAAUCGCUAAUAGCGCACUUUUUUUGUAGAUUGUGAGACCUUUAUCGAGUAGUAAACACUUGUCGGAUUGUACCAGUAAUUUAUUUUAUCUUACCCGAUAAAAAUCAAUUGAGAGAUACCGUUGACUGUUUUCCUGUGUCCCGCUGUCUAAUAUAAUUUGCUUUCUUAUUUUUAAUAUUUUGGGAGGGAGUGAAGAGUAGAAGACUGCGUUUUUUAAAUUAUUGCGUCUUAAAAUGUGGCAGUGAUUUGCGUCAUUUACGGACAAUCGAUGAAGGGAGGAGUUAACCCUUUAAUACCUAAAAGUGAUCAGCAUCAAAUUUCUCUUUGUGAUAUUAUUGCUUCGUAAAACAGGGUGGUCAUGAGAAUUACGGACACGAUCACACAAGAUGAAUUUGCUUGAUAUUUCAUCAACUUCUCCUCACUACUUCUGUAGGAAAUGAAUAGGAGCAACAAAUGAGAAUUCAAAUUUUGAUCUUAGGGUUUAAAGGUUAAACAAUUCUCCUAUUUUUACCUCGUUAUCCAACAGCACUAGUUUUACUUUAUAGUGACCACUUCAAUGAAAGCUUGGUUUUGUAUAGCGCGCUUUGAUUGGCCGUAGGCACUAGGCUGUAGUGCUAAAAGUGACGGGGUGGCAGGUUAAGAGGCAUGGGUGUCGACUUUGAAGUCGUUCAGAACACUGGUCUACCUAGGAUGUAGUAAGGAUAUUAGUAGUAAUACUGGUUACUUCAUCACACAGCCAAUCAGAAUCGAGUAUUUCAAACACGUGACUGAAUUAAUUCACUCUCGACCAAUCAGCGUUCAGGAUUUCAUGGGGGUAGGUACUACAUGUAAAACCAUCACGAAAAGUCUCCCAACAAGUCGCGAAGGUUAAGUCUUCUAAAGGAUAGGAAAAAGUGAAAAUGGAAAAUAGACGGUCUGUCUCACUAACCUGCGAAAUGGGGUCCUUUCUCUGAAAAAGCUUAAUCGCAGUUGAGGUCUAAAGGGACAUAUUAUAAACCCCCUGCUCUUCGCCAUGAAUUUUGAGUACAUGCAACCCGUUCCAUCCCCGAGGAUAGCGGCACAUGGCACCAGUGGCGGAUCGAGUCCUUAAAGAUGGGGCUGGGCGGUAGGAACAUUCUCUGGAGCACUGUUUGCCAGAAACAAAGUAUCGCGGCACCUUAUCCUUACGGGACUCGCUUUCAGUUUAAAAAAGGGGAACUUGUGCCAUCACCCUAGAUCAGCCUCUGCGCAGGAAUAACUUUGCUUUAAAUAGGUUCUAUUUCUCCUGCUGACUUUUUGUUUCGUGCGUGUGUUUUCUUUUUACUUUAGCCAAGUUGAAUAUCGAGACUGUUACCACGGGAGCUUGUGCGGCGCGCAUCAAAGGUGUCGAGAGUCAGCGGUAUCUCGUCAUGCAGCCAAACGGUACUCUCACUAGUCAGGUAUGCAUCUAGUCCACAGAUUUUUUUCUUAAUUCAGUAUUCCCUCAGCAGGUUGAAUAGUCAAGUAUUUUUGCCAUUGUUUUGGUUUUCCAAGGCAAAGCUCUGUGAUUGGCUACAAAAUGUCACCUCACCCUUUUGACCAAUCAAAAAUAAAACUAAAAUCAAGCACGUGUUCUCCUUCGCUUGACAUCAGCUGCAUAUUUCCCUCGAGUUUUGAUGGGUCAAUUGGAGUAUCAGUUAACUACGUCAGUUGGGACUGGUCAGAGCAGUUUGUUUGUUACCUAUUGCGACACUAAUCUGCAAACAAGCUGUCCAUAUAGGGAUAUCUCUCUUAUCUAACAAGAAUCAAAAUAAUCUUCCUGACUCCGGUUCCUCGAAAGAUUGUUUUGGUUUAAACCGGCGUUAAGAGAAAUUUUAACCAAAGUUUUCUCGUCGAGAAACAUGUAAGUGGAUCUUAAUUCGGUGAAACAGGCAACAAAAACAUGCAACUUGUCUUGCAAUAUUGCUGCAAAACGAAUUGCAUAGCGAUGUUGCGCGUUUGACCACUCACGUUCAAACCUGUUAACAACUUGAUCAGUGUGUUGCAAGACAGGUUUGAUGUGGGUGGUAAAACGCGCAACAUCGCUAUUCGAUUUGUUUUGCAGGAAUGUUGCAAGACAAGUUGCAUGUUUUUUUCGUCCGUUUUACCGUGCGUUUACAGAAUGUUGUUGGACUUUAACUCCCAGAUCCACUUAAGAAAAAACAAAAUUCUACUCUAAAUGGUAAAUAGUAAGGUUAAUGGAUUUAUAUUAAGCACUAAAACUUUUAAUCCUGUAUUAGCGCGCGCUUGUCGGUCUUUCAGCUAUCGAGCCCUGAAUCUUAAAUCGAUAUGCACUUCAAGUCCAACCGCUAAUCCGUAAACCUUAAGUCUUGAAUUGAGUUCUAGAAGUAAUCAAUAAUUUUGAAGUGCAUUUGUCUGUAUUUUGAAACUGACCAUAGUAGGGAACGCCCCUGACUAAUAAGCAGGCCAUUUAGAUUAAGUCAGUAAAUUUGUAAGUGAGAGGAAACUUCUGGAAAUCUCUUUUUUCCGUGGGUCGUUUUCUUGUUAAAUAAGAUUAUUGUUUCCUUAACCCAUUACUUAAUUAAGGAUCUGAGCCGAUCCAAAUAUAUUUUGCAUUUUUGGUAUUCUGUUUGGCACUCUAAUCUGGGCCGGGUUGUUCAAAGCAGGGUUAAGUUAACCCAGGGUUAGUGCGAAAUUUGAUUUCAGAAAUGAAAGCUUGAGAAGCAAAUUAAGUUUAAUUCAUUUUGUCUACAAUUUGAUGAUUGGAUGCUCUAAAAGGAAUACAGUACAUUAUCCGAGAAAAUACUUUCGAACAAAAUAAAACGAAAGCCAGAUUAAAAUUUAACCCCGGGAUAGCGCUAAUCGACCUUCGAACAACUGGGCUUUGAGUUCUAUUAAAUGGAACUCAAGUUGCUGCCUGAGGUUCCCGGUGGGGUACUCAACAAAUGUUUAUACGGGGAGGCUCUACCCCGAGGUCCAACCCCUUACCCUUUUAAAUACCAUUUUUCACGAAAAAAAGGACCCCUUUCUUAUACCUUCUAUUGACAAAUGGUGCCCCUUUCACAUACCUUGUUUAGAACUUUACAUCCCUUUUACCUGCUGUAAAUGCACUGACUUUUAAAUAGGAAUCAAUCACAAAAAUAGAACAUUUUCUCGACUUUAUAAGGCCAUAAAAUUUUUUAGCUGGUCGAUAAUUCAUCCAGUCCCGUGUGAAAUUAACGUAACCUGGGGUAGAUUUCGCAUACCUUAGUGUGUUUAGAGCGACUACUUUCAUAGUUAGAGACCUUUAGGGCUAGUUAUUUAAAUGUAGUUUAGCCAGUGUUUAACAAAACCGCGUUCUAAGCCACUUUCAAUGUGCCCAACGGUUCUGUCUAAACACCAUUUAUUGUGAACAGUUUUAUAAAAGCAUGCAGAGUAGACAAGAAAAGUAUUUAACUUCUUAAAAUAACCCACUAAGGAAGAGAUCUUGAGGUCCAAAGAUUUGUUAAACCGCGGCUUAGGUUAGACUUCGUUUGAACUAUCGACCCUUAGAUUCUAAGAUGGGAGCGACUUCGAGAACGAGAUUUUCUCAACACUGACAGCUACUGAGUAUUGCUCGCGCGUGAACCAGCGUCAUUUUGGCGGGAAAACGUGAUAGCCGUCGUCAUUCGUCGUCGUUAUCCAUGCUACUACGAGUUUUAGCGAGAAUGUCGCACUGCUGAUCAGAAACAAGUUAUCAAAUGGUAGAAGUUUUAUCAGGAGAGGGCUUAACGUCCUUUUAUAAAGAUAACAGUGUCAACUUUUUUGGUGACUCAAAAGUACAAUGAGGCUUUCUCGUCCUCGAAUCUAAAGUUAUUUUACUAAGAAUAACUGUUUUCUUUUCUUUAGACCCAACCCGACGAGAAAGGAUCCACGUUCAACGUCCAGCUACCAGGAGACUUUUUCGCAUUUGAAAACAGGAACUAUUUCAUUGCGCUCAAAUAUGAAGGCACAUUAAGGAAGAUCAUGGCGAACAGGAAUGGAACAAGCACUCGGAAAAGCACCAAGUUCAUGCUUAUACCACCGCCAGGGUCAAGAAAACGAAGACAUCCGUCGGACUUCGGCUUCAGACGAAUGGUGACUAAAAGUGACUAUAGAUAGUUUUUCAGUGAUCAAUGUCGUCACUGUUUUCUUUUCUUUCAUGGAAAAGUUUUACGCUCAGUGUUAAUUUGCCAUUUCAGUAAGUUGGUUUUGUGCAUAAAUCCUAAAAAUAAGUUAUAAUAAGCUGACAUUAUCGGGAAACAAAAAAUGGCCGGCUGCUUACAGCCUGACUCUUAACAGUGAGUUCAAGCGAGUCUUUGUCCCUAGCAGAAUUAGCAGAGAUGUUAGCCCGCGUUAUUAGAGAGCUUAAACUACGACGACGACGGUGAAUUCACGCUGCCUCUAAAUUCAUAGCUCUUAUUCCAUGUCGUUCAAUUUGUCAAUUACAUUGGUGAAUUUUUCUAUAGUUGAGUUCCAAAGGACUGUAUCUAAGUUAAAAAAAAAUAGAAAAUCUUUGUCUUGUGUUUCACGCCCUCCACAAAACGAAAAAUUAGGCAGUUUCACUUUGUGGUUGUGUAACGACGGCAAAGGCAAAGAAAGGUACAAAACAGCGUGAUGCACGUGCAAAGUUUUUUUUUUAUCCAACCCGUCUGCCUUUUUGCCGUUCUCGUUGCCGGCCGCCGUCGUCGUUGUCUAAGCUCCCUAAGCUUGGUGACAGUGCGUGCGCGAAACGGCUUAUUUUUGUUCUCUCGCAUUUUUAGCGACCACAACGCUGCUGCCGAACGAGUCGCUUCUCUAUACUGUAAACGCGCAAGUUUCAGAACUGCCAGCCAAUUAGAAUAUCACUGAUCACGUCCGGACUUCUGAGCACUGCUUUAGUGUUAGGGUAUCUUUUUCAUUCCCGGAGGUGAUUAAAGUAAUAAUUCCUUGUUGUAAAAUACUGAGAAACAAAUGAUACAGUGCAAAAAUACAGGUAAAGAGGUUUCAUUUGGUCACAUCAUAGGAUUUACAUCAACAGACUCAAAAGUUAGAGCUAACUUCUACGGCAUAACAAACAGUACCACUGGAUAUUACUUCUAAGUGCUUAUCAUCUGAAUGGACCCAUCUAGGAGUUUCAUCCACAGAAUCAAAGUUAGAACCACCUUUUAUUGCAAUAUAAACUUCACCACAGGAAAUUUCUGCUCAGGAGCUUUCAUUUGAAUGGUCACACCGUAAGAUUUUGUCCGCGUUCUUAAAAUCCAGAACUUCGAAAAGGUAGCGAACCCUCGGAGUGAAGGAUCGUGAAAGGGUUGUAAUUUUUUACUUUCAUUGAAGAUGAAUGAACUCCAAUUAUGGUUGUAGUUUUUCUUACUUAUUUCCAAGGACUUGUUGAAUCUCCGUAUCAGGUUAAGGAUGGCAGCUCAGUUUUGCGAGUUGGUUCGGUUAUAUCACGGUUAUCUGUAGAACCUGCGUCGAAACCGGCGUCCUAAAAAACGCUUGUUUAGACUGAUCAUAGUUUCGAGUUUUUAGUGGAAAAUAACAGGAAAAUAAGAAAGGAAACUGUCGCGCUAUUAAGUACAGAUCAUAGCCUUAUAUACGAAUGAUCUUACCUCUAGUCAUUCAUGUGGCUUAAAACUUCGGUUGAGUUAGAAAUCUAAUUUUGUGUGAAAUUUUCCUGUGGAUCACUAAAUGGAGAGAGUAGAACAAAGUCUGUUUUAUUUAAAAAAUAGUGUACCGUUAUUAUACAUUUAUGAUAUAAAUUACUAUUUUCAGUAGGGAAGGAAGAUGAUUAUUUAUAACAUAGCUGUAAAAACUAACCUUUCAAGCAUAUAUACAAAUGUACAUAAACUAUUGAUGUGUGGAAC